UGAGCCACCCGGGCACCCUAGAAGAAACCUUUUUAUGGCAUGUUGUCAGUGUGGAAACACUCAGCUGUGGUCAGGUUUCAAAAUGCAAAUGAGAAAAACUGGCCUGCAAAAUGAUUUAAGAUUUCAAGUGAGAAAAAAAAAAAAAGAAAGAAAAGAAACCUGGUAUUGUAAUACAUGCUAUAUUGUAAAAUCUAACCUAUCAAUAAUAUUUUCUUACAAGGAAUUAUGACCACAGGAUCCGCACAGUCGAAUUUCAACUUUUAUGUUAAGAGUUUCGUGAUGAAGUUCAAAAACAGCAACUCCAAGUGGAGGACCUAUAAAGGAAUUGCGAGUAAUAAAGAAAAGGUGUUUCAGGGCAACUCUAAUUUUCGGGAUCCAGUGAGGAAUAAUUUCAUCCCUCCCAUCGUGGCCAGAUACGUGCGGGUUGUCCCCCAGACAUGGCACCAGAGGAUAGCCUUGAAAGUGGAGCUCUUUGGCUGCCAGGUCACACAAGGUAAUGAGUCGUUGGUGUUGCAUAAAACAAGUCCAAAUACUGUCGGUUCCACUGAAAGAGAAGAUGAGACGAUCACAAAAUCUGUCCCCUCUCCAGAAAUGCCCACAGGUAGAGCAGUUCCUUUUUUGUGGUUUCCUCAGGAGCAUAACUGGACUCCGUGUGAUUAUUACAGUAGCUUCAACAAAAACUUUUUUCUCUGUCGUAUGAAUGUCCGGAGUCCGAUGGCUCUGUGUGUAAAAUGAUGUAUCUCCACAACUCUUUGGUGCAAUAUUGUAAGUAGAGAAAGUAGUAUUUGCCCUUCAAACACCAGGUAAAGAUUUUAUGGAAAAAUAAUAGCACCUCCAUACAAUGGAAUACUCUGCAGCCAUGAAAAAUAAAUGUGUUUAGUAAUGGAAGAAGCUAGAGACAGAGACAAAAUACGCAAAGGAAGGGACAGUCCAUAUAGCACUCUAUCAUGUGUGCAAAAAAGGGGAUAAAGAGGGGCGCCUGGGUG